AUGCGGCGGCUGGGAGCGGGAGCCGCCGGCAGCGCGGGCGCCCCGCGGGGCGGGGGCGCCGUGGCCGGGGCUGCCCAGCCGCCCGGCGCCGGCAGCGGGAGCUUCCCCCGAGGGACAGAGCUUGGCCAGCCGGUGGCGCCCGGCCGAGGGGUGUCCCCGGCCCCCCGGCUGCUGCUGCUGCCGCCGCCGCCGGCGCUGCUGCUGGCGGGCCCCCCGGGCAGAGAGUGCCUGCGGGCAGUGCUGGCGGACUCUCGCUUCUUUCUGGUGUGCAUGUGCUUCCUGACCUUCAUCCAGUCCCUCAUGGUCUCCGGCUACCUGAGCAGCGUCAUCACCACCAUCGAGCGGAGAUACAGCCUCAAGAGCUCGGAGUCGGGGCUGCUGGUCAGCUGCUUCGACAUCGGGAGCCUGGUGGUGGUGGUCUUCAUCAGCUACUUCGGGGGGCGCGGGCGGAGGCCGCUCUGGCUGGCCGUAGGGGGGCUUUUCAUCGCCCUGGGGGCUUCGCUCUUCUCCUUACCUCACUUCAUCUCUCCGCCGUACCAGAUCCAGGAACUGAACUCCUCCGUCAGUAACGAGGGCUUGUGCGUGGCUGGCAAUGGCACCGCUAAAGAGCAGUGGGACUCGCCGGCCUGUUUCAAGGACUCUGGCGGAAAUGACCACUCUCUCUAUGUAGCUUUAUUCAUUUGUGCCCAAAUCCUCAUUGGCAUGGGCUCGACACCCAUCUAUACCUUGGGACCAACCUACUUAGAUGACAAUGUCAAGAAAGAAAACGCCUCGCUUUACCUAGCCAUCAUGUACGUAAUGGGAGCACUUGGACCUGCAGCUGGAUACUUGCUAGGAGGACUUCUUAUUGGUUUCUAUGUCGAUCCUAGGACAACUGUUUAUAUUGAUCAGAGUGAUCCCCGAUUCAUUGGAAACUGGUGGAGUGGAUUUCUCCUUUGUGCCAUUGCAAUGCUCCUUGUGAUAUUUCCCAUGUUUACCUUUCCGAAAAAGCUCCCUCCUCGACAUAAAAAGAAGAAAAAGAAAAAGAAAAUGAACUCUGAUGAUGUUUCAAGUGAUGAUGAUGUGAUGAAAGAGAAGACAAAUAGCAAAAUACAAGCAGACAGUGCAGUUCCUGCCUCUAUGGGAUUUGGAAAGAAUGUUAAAGAGCUUCCAAGAGCAGCUGUCAGGAUCUUAAGCAACAUGACAUUCCUUUUUGUGAGUUUGUCAUACACAGCUGAGAGUGCCAUUGUCACAGCUUUUAUUACCUUCAUUCCCAAGUUCAUCGAGUCACAGUUUGGCAUCCCAGCUUCCAAUGCCAGCAUCUACACUGGUGUGAUUAUUGUCCCAAGUGCUGGUGUUGGUAUUGUCCUAGGUGGCUACAUUAUAAAAAAACUUAAACUUGGUGCAAGAGAGUCUGCAAAGUUGGCUAUGAUCUGCAGUGGUGUAUCUCUGCUGUGCUUUUCGACACUCUUCAUUGUUGGAUGUGAAAGCAUUAAUUUAGGGGGAAUAAAUAUACCUUACACAACCGGUCCCACUCUUGCCAUGGCCCACAGGAAUCUGACUGGAAGCUGUAAUGUUAACUGCGGAUGUAAGAUUCAUGAGUACGAGCCUGUCUGUGGAUCAGAUGGAAUAACCUAUUUUAAUCCUUGUCUAGCUGGCUGCAUCAGUGGUGGAAACCACAGCACAGGGGUAAGAAAUUACACAGAAUGUGCCUGUGUCCAGAGUCGCCAGGUGAUCACUCCACCAACAGUGGGCCAGCGCAGUCAGCUCCGGCUGGUGAUUGUCAAAACCUACCUGAAUGAGAAUGGCUAUGCUGUUUCUGGGAAAUGUGAUCGAACCUGCAACACGCUUAUCCCGUUCCUGAUAUUUCUCUUCAUUGUCACUCUCAUAACAGCAUGUGCCCAGCCAUCAGCAAUUAUAGUGACACUCAGGUCUGUGGAAGAUGGAGAGCGGCCCUUUGCACUAGGAAUGCAGUUUGUUUUAUUACGAACUCUUGCUUACAUUCCCACUCCGAUUUAUUUUGGGGCUGUUAUUGACACCACAUGCAUGCUUUGGCAACAGGAUUGCGGCGUACAAGGAUCUUGCUGGGAAUACGAUGUCACCUCCUUUCGUUUUGUCUACUUUGGGUUGGCAGCUGCUCUCAAAUUCGUGGGAUUCCUUUUUAUUUUCCUGGCCUGGUAUUCCAUUAAGUGUAAAGAAGAACAACACCAGAGACAGCGAUGGAGGGCUUCACUGGUGAACACUGUGAGUGAGAUGGUUGGACAAACUGGACCCCAACAAAACUAUGCACGGACUAGAUCCUGCCCUACCUUCAGUUCCCGAGGAGACACCAAUGUGGCACAAGGAAUGAACUGCUUAGAGCAGACAUACCCCAGCCCUUUUUCAGAAGCAAUAAAUUCCUCAAAUGAAAAUGUGUUGGAAGAAGUCACUGCUGAGAUAUAGACCCCUGGCUUGGUAAUGUAAUAUUUAAUUUUGUUGGUUGACUUAAUUACGGCGCCUUGUAAAACACCUGUGCCUUCUAUUUUUAAUCUAAAUGUAACGUGAUAAAACCAACAAAGCUUGAUGCAAACAACCAUAAUAUGUUCCUGAGGGCUGGAUACCUCAAACCAAACCAAGUUCUUAUUCCUCCCCUCCCAACAAUGGAGUUUUAAAAAUGGUGUUUGUAAUUAUUUCAGAUGUGUCCAUUAGAUGUCCGUGCUCUGAUCUAAUAUCAUUGUAAAGAUGAGGUGUUAUGAACAGCAGAAGUCAGUGGAAGACUGACAAAAACUCAUAUUGUUGAUGUUUAGACUCACAAGAAUGCUUAAAUGUAUUGUCAACUUCAUAUCUGCAAAUUGUAUUUUUAAGAGAGUAGUUACUGUGAGUUCUGCUAUGAAGCACAACUGAACUUAUUUAAACUAUGCAACUUAUUUGGAUAAUUGUAUGUGCAGCAAAAUAAGUUUAAAGUUUGCUUUUAAAGACAUUACUGCAACUGAAUUUGAAAGGGGCUAUUUUCAAACAUAAUCAUUAAAUUAAAAAAUAACAUAAGGUUUAAAGUACUGUUAAUAACAUGUCAAGCCAUACAAGAAUUAUGCAUCAGGUAACGUUUGCAAAUGUUGAGUUGUAACAUCUUUAUCCUGUCAAAAUGUGCAUUAAUUUUCAUUUGAUGGGAUGUAGUCAUUCUUCACAAAGUACACAGGCUAGGAAACUGUAAUGCUUGAAGUAAAAAACUUCAGUAUUAAUUUAUAGUAACAUUAAGAUGUAGGAAUCAUACACACAUACCAGAGUGGAUAUGUGCAUGUUUCUGUAAUGUUAUUUGGGUGGCUGUUACUAGCACCAAAUCCAUACUUUCCUGAAGAAAAAACCAGCCAGUUGUAGCUUGAUAGGAAGAGUUUGGCUGUCCUUCAGAAUUUUGUGUAUAAUUCAACUUCAGUGGAAAAGUCCCGAGGGGGAGCUAAUGGCCUUGUCUCGUGUCUGGGUGGCUGUCUGGGACCUGAUGGGUCCCUUGCAGCCAGCAGUGGCACACAGUUCAGGCUGGUGCUGUUUGCACCUGCUGCAGGAGUGAGUAGAGAAACCUUUCAAGAGAGCUGAGAGCAGCCUGCCCAUCGUGGUGCUGGGUACAAGGCUCUCCCUCCUCUCCUGGCACCACUGGGGCACUGUGCACCCUGCCAUCCAGGACAGCUGGGGAGGGGGUUCCGGCUCAGACCCUCUCAUUUCUGCCACACUUCUGCCUCUGCAGCUGCUCAGUGCUGGGCAGGCUGGUGGCACAGGGCUGGAGGUCCUGGUUUUGUGGUUUGUCCCACAUGUGGCUGCCUUUCCUUUUCUCAACUUCAUUGAAAGCUUCUGGGAAGGCAAAGGGUGAGUUUACCUCUCCUUUGGCCUUCCAGGAGAAGAGCUAAGAAUAGAAAUUAUCAGCGAGUAUGGACUCACAAGACCUGCUGUGGCCUUUGCCUAUUCCAAAUUACUGUGGCGUGUUUUCUCCCUGAGAGACGCUGAGACUUUCUAAUCAAAUGUGUUUGGCAUUUCAUUUCUUGUUCUGAAGGCUUUGUAGUGCCAUGCUUAUGAUGUACUAAUGAUGUCUCAAAGGGCAGAGAAUGAUUUCAGGUGGACAACAGGAAGUCAAAGCUGUAUUGUACCCUGUAGGUGAAGUCUUAGAAGUGUAGGAAAUUAAAAGCAGUUUUCACAGAUGAAUUGGUGAUAGUCAGGUUUGGAUUUUGCCAUGUAGAGAGCUUGUGUGAAAAUAAAUAGAGCAUAAUUUCUACAUAUUGUUCAACAGAGUUAUUCCUGAUUUAAGUUUUCAAUUUAUAAUAUGUAAAUUUAUCAAACAUUAUAUGGAACCAAGUCCUUGAAAUUAAAGGCAGUAUACUCUCCUUGGCAUCCACUGAGUUGUCCUGGGAAGAGUAGGUUUCCCUCUCCACCUUUGCUGACUGCCUUUUGUCAUCUCCUGGUUCUUCUUGAGCAGCACAUAAGACUACCCACAGGGCUGCUUGCCCUGCUUGAAAUGGUGGCUGCUUAUUUCAGAAUGUCUUAGUCCGUUUAUGUAGUUUGUAACAAUUCUCACUCUUUCUGUGUGCAAACUCAGAUUUGCAUACAGAGGAACAACAUAGAGGAAUAUUGUUUUGAUAAUUUCCUACUAUUCUGUCCAUAUUAACAGGUUUUUGGGGUAAAGCCUGAGAAUGUUUUUGUCUCUUAUGCAGCCACCAGGUAUGCGUCCUCAGUCAGCACAUGCCACCUGAGAUGUUGGCUUCUACACUUCUUAUCCCGAGAAAUAAAUUUCCUUGGCUCAAAGGUGUUGGGUAUAAUUUUCUUUUUUUGCUAUAGGAGAUCAGAAUAGAUGAUAUAAAUGUUUCCUUUUGCUCCAGUCUCAAAUGCUUGUUGCACCAGGAAUUUCCUGCCAUGAGAAAAUUUGAGGCAAAGCAGUGGGACGAAGUGUAAUUUCAACCCAUCACCCAUCCAUUUUAAUCACUUCCCCAUUUUAAUGAUUAUGGGGUGAGGUGAAGAGUGACAAUCUUUUCAAAUACCUCAGAAACAGAGCACUUAGGGAAUUGUAAAAGACUAGAAAUGAAUCAUUUAUCCUGAUCUUUUCUAUUUCAUGCCUUGUGUGCAGUUCUGUUCCAUG